GGUUCGUGGUGGGCCACGCCGGGCUGUACCAAGCCCUGGCCAUGUUCGCGGUGGCAUACUUCAUCAUCGGCAUGACGGUGCUGUCCGUGUGUGCCAUCGCCACCAACGGCGCGCUGGAUGCCGGAGGAGCUUACUAUAUGAUCAGCCGUGCCUUGGGCCCGGAGUUUGGGGGCAGCAUCGGGAUCAUGUUCUUCCUGGCCAACGUGUGUGGCAGUGCCCUCUACGUGCUGGGGCUGGUGGAGGCGGUGGUGGACAGCUUUGGGAUCCCACCUGGGCAAAAAACAGGCACAGGUGUCCAUGUCCUGCCCCAGAGCUACUGGUACGAGCUGCUCUACGGCACCAUCCUGCUGGCCCUCUGCCUCCUCGUGUGCCUCGUGGGUGCCUCCAUCUAUGCCAAGGCUACCUUCCUCAUCUUCCUCGUUGUCGUGGGUGUCCUAGGCACCAUCCUCAUCAGUUUCUUCGCCACACGGCCCAUCGGGGUGACCAUUCACCUGCCCCACUUAAAUGGCUCUGAGACAGAGAACGGCUCCUUCACCGGCUUCUCCCUUGCCACCCUGCGGAAAAACCUGGGGGGUGGGUAUGGGGUGGACUACACCACUGGGCAGAUGAUGAGCUUCAGCUCCGUCUUUGCAGUGAUGUUCAAUGGUUGCACCGGCAUCAUGGCAGGCUCCAAUAUGUCAGGGGACCUGAAGCGCCCGAGCUACUCCAUCCCCCGGGGCACCAUCUCUGCUGUGCUCUUCACCUACCUCGUCUACAACCUGCUGGCUUUCCUCAUGUGUGCCACGUGCAAUAGGAUUCUCUUGCAGAAAGACUAUGGCUUUCUGCGUGACAUCAGUAUCUUCCCACCCCUGGUCACUGUGGGCAUCUAUGCUGCCACCCUCUCUGCUGCCAUGAGCAACCUUAUCGGGGCAUCCCGCAUCCUCUACGCCCUAGCCCGGGAUGAUCUCUUUGGCCGAGCACUGGCGCUGGCCAAGAAGACCUCUGCCAGUGGGAACCCAGUGAUGGCAGUGAUCCUCUCCUGGCUGGUGGUGCAGCUGGUGCUCUUCUCUGGGAAGCUCAACACCAUUGCAGGAGUAGUGACCACCUUCUUCCUCCUGGUUUACGCCACCGUCAACCUGGCUUGCCUGGCACUGGAGUGGGCAUCGGCCCCCAACUUCAGGCCCACCUUCCGGUACUUCACCUGGCACACGUGCUUGCUGGGCAUCACGGGCUGCUGCGUCAUGAUGUUCCUCAUCAGCCCCGUGUCGGCCUCGGCAAGCCUGGGCUUCCUCCUCCUCCUCCUCCUCGCCCUCCACUACCUCUCACCCAGCAGCACAUGGGGCUACAUCAGCCAGGCCCUCAUCUUCCACCAGGUGCGGAAGUACCUGCUGAUGCUGGACGUGCGGAAGGACCACGUCAAGUUCUGGCGCCCACAGAUGCUGCUGAUGGUGCAGAACCCGCGGGGCAGCACCCGCCUGAUCGACUUUGUCAAUGACCUCAAGAAAAGUGGCCUCUACGUCCUGGGCCACGUCGAGCUGCAGGACUUGGAUGCGUUGCCCUCGGACCCACUGCAGCCCCAGCAGGACUCGUGGCUGAGCUUGGUGGACAAGCUGAAUGUCAAGGCCUUUGUCAGCCUCACCCUUGCGCCCUCAGUGCGGCACGGUGUCCGGCAGCUCCUCUUCACCUCUGGCCUUGGUGGGAUGCGCCCCAACACCCUG